GAGAGCGCAACUGUGGAGUACAUGAGCUCAUCUGUAUUAGAAAAGUAUCUCCAGAGGCGCUAGGAUUCCUGUCAGCCGUUGGAGUCUUCGUUAUCCUCAUGCUCAUCCUUUUUUUAUACGUCAACAAGAAACUGUGCUUUGAGAACGUCGGGGACCUGUCAUGCAUGGACAAGUACAGAACAGGCAAGGAUUUGAAAGAUAAAAACUGCCAGGAUGGGGACCCGCGAGGCUCCUCUUCGGAGAGCGAGGAUGAUGUGGUUGGAAAGGGCCAGGAGGCGGUGUCCCGGUCCCAGGGAGAAAACGCCACAGACAGCCAGCACCAGAAGGGUUACGUGUGGGAGACCAGGCACAAAUACAGCCCUCUGUCUGCAGAGUAUGAGGGCUACAGCAGUGAGGCCUCAGCCGAGGAUGCGAACUGUAUUCAGAGAAUAAGGCGCACGCCCCCUCUGGACGAGCUUCAACCACCCCCCUACCAGGACGACGAUGGCUCCCCACACCUGUCCUGCACCCCCUCUGACCUUGGGGAUGGCAAGUGCAAUCUGUCCCCCUGCAGCGACAGCCCCCAGCACUCCUACAACAAGUGUCUCAGCAAGGGCAGCGCCGGCCACGAGACAGAGAGCUACCUCAACAAGGGCUACGAGGAAGACGUCCCCAGCGACAGUACCGCCGUCCUCAGCCCUGAGGAUAUGUCUGCACUUGGCUCUGCUGCUCAACUCCCAAAAGCCUAUGAACUGGAGCCAGUGGCUAAGUGCGGCAUUCUGGAUGUGGUGUUCGAUUACGACUCGGGGGAGCAAAGGCUCAUGGUAACGGUGACAGCAGUGACCGACAUCCCUGUACUCAACCGGAUAGGCAACACCUCCUGGCAGGUGCACCUGGUACUGCUGCCCACCAAAAAGCAGCGAGCGAAGACAGGCAUUCAACGAGGACCCUGCCCCGUUUUCACCGAGACCUUCAAGUUCAACCGCAUCGAGUCCGAGAUGAUUGGCAACUACUCUGUGCGCUUCCGGCUGUACAGCAUCCGCCGCAUGAAGAAGGAGAAGGUGCUGGGAGAGAAGAUCUUCUACCUCACCAAGCUCAACCUGCAGGGGAAGAUGUCGGUCCCUGUCACCCUGGAGCCUUGCUGUAAUCUCACUCAGGGCUGUGACUCUCAGAUAAGCACCUCGGAGAUGUCCUGCAGCGAGACCACCUCGUCCUGCCAGUCUCUGGCGCACGGCUCCACCCCAGAGAUCCUUGUAGGCCUCGUCUACAAUGCCACCACUGGCAGGCUCUCUGUAGAAGUCAUUAAAGGCAGCCACUUCAAAAACCUGGCAGCCAAUAGACCACCCAAUACUUAUGUUAAGCUUACCUUGUUGAACUCUAUGGGACAAGAAAUGUCCAAGUGUAAGACAUCCGUCCAGCGUGGCCAGCCCAACCCCAUCUUCAAGGAGACUUUCAUUUUCCAAGUGGCGCUAUUCCAGCUGUCCGAUGUGACUCUCGUUCUCUCUGUCUACAACAAGCGGAGCAUGAAGCGCAAGGAGAUGAUCGGCUGGAUCUCCAUGGGUUUCAACAGCUCGGGGGAAGAGGAGCUUAACCAUUGGACUGAAAUGAAGGAAUCAAAAGGACAGCAAGUGUGUCUGUGGCACACACUGCUAGAAUCCUAGGGAGAGGGGAUAGCUUCUCUGGGUGUGGGAUGUCGGGAGUGGGGGGGCGUGGCUUUACCGGCUUGGGUGAAAAAGCAGAUACAAAGGAAAAAAACAAACAAGAACAUGUGUGUCUUUAUCAAACAUGCUGACACCUUGAGAAGUAAACAAGCUGGGGGACCGACACACCCUCAAUUCCUUAAGGGAUCCAAGGUAUUUCCUUGUGUAUAAGUAGAGCUCUCUCCAUAUGCUGUGGUUGCAAAAUGAUGUGUUUUUCUGGCAAGGCAGCCCUUUGACCAUGCAAGCUAGCAGACAUGGCAUCCAUGAUCCUCAUGCUGGAGUGUAGAAAUGUUUGUACAGAGUAGGAGGUUUUGACAGGGUGGCGAUACAUGUUGUCUUGUCCCCACAUGGGUUGUGAACUAGGCCAGGUUACUAAGGUUUAGUUCCCUUUUUAAAUGAAUUUAUUUUUUAAUGUCAGCAGUAAGAGUUCAGCUCUAGCUCCCUCCAACAGCACAGCACACUGAAUGUUGAGCUGUUCUGUAGGUAGAUUAUAUUCUUCCCACUAAGAAGGAUUCUAGCAUAUCAUGACCUGGCCAAGAGAACAGGCUUGCUACACACUGAGCAACAAUCCCCAAACUUUAAAUACAUCUCUUACACCUUUUUAAUGAUAAAGUUGUUAUUUUUUCAGUUAGGACCACUCCCUGGCCUACUGUCUUAUGUCCCAAGUUAAACCCCAACUGCUAUAGAUCCUAGAAAGGAAGGACAAGCUGCUAGAUUUUGCAUCUUUGUCAAUGUGAUGGUGCUGUUUUCCAAUUUAACUCUUUCCUGUUGCUGAUGCUUCCUCCUUGCCCACACAAGAUGUUAGUUCAAUAGGAAUAUUUUUUUUUUCAUUAAAUCAAGGAAAAGGGUAUAUAUUCUUGAGCUGCUACUUAUAACAGUAAGACUUAAUCCAAUUGUUCUGUUACAUUAUUAACAGUUUUAAUCCUUAGGAGGCCACGUUGUAGGUGCUGAUGUUCAAUCUCUGCAUGUGGCUUGAAACUCAAAUUAGUCUUGGGUUUCAAAACUCCCUUUAAUCAAGUACAUUACUUAAAACAUCAGGAGCCAGAAGUUUAACUUGAAAUACAUUGUUCCUCCCAUAUAGCUGCAUUAACAGCACAUAUUGGUACACCUACAGACUCAGGUGUGACUCAUCCAUGAUGUGAUAUGUUUGAUUGCACCUGGUCAUUUGCAUAAUAUACCUAAACAAGGAACAUUCUGAAACCCAAGACUGGGGCAAGGGCAAUGCAAGUUUCAGGCCCAUGUCACACCCUCAACUUUAUCAUGUGUUUCAAGCAUCCCUCAGCACUCUGAGCAGUAUACUUAAAGGAUUUUAACACAGCUGUCGUGUUACCAGUUCAGUCAGUGGUUCUGGCCUUUAUUAGAACUGGACCGAGAGCUUGCUCUGAUCUCGUCUCUCAUGUCUCCUAACUACGAGCUUAGCCUUGACUAUGGGAUAACCAUCCAAGGGUUUAGAGAUUUGCAAUGAAAUGUACUUGCACCCAAGUGCUCAUUCAGAGUGAUCAGGUACUGUAGCUCAGAGGCAAUAAACAUCAGCCUUCAGUGAUUUUUUGACCUUUGAUGGUCUGUUACUGGCAGAGGGAGUCGGUAGUGGUAAACACUUCGUUUCCAGAUGUUAUUGGUGGACCAGGAGACAACCCUAACACAGAGGUACAACUUGCAAUUGCUCCUGCUAUACUACUAUAUUUACUUCUUGAGGUUGUCUGACUGCAGUAGAUUAUUUACACUCUACACCAGUGGUCUUUCAGUAACAUUCAGAAAGGUUAGGUAGUUUAUUGUCUGCUAAUAGUACUUUGAUGGUUUGUGUUAUUUGGUACUUUUUUAAAGCCACUAUAAGAGACUGUUGUCAUAAAUGACAUUUGACAGUCCGAUCAGAGCAGCUUGUUAAGCAUUGGCAGUGCUCUUUAGACAAAUAGGUUUUGUAAUAGGUGUGUUUACAACCCAUACUUAAUUAGAAUGGUUUAGUUGUCUUCAAGCACAAAGGCUUCAGAUUAUACCUGCUUAUAUCCUGAGUACCACAAUGCAGCACUGAAGCUUAACAGAGGCAGAGUUGGAGUAUAUAUGUUAAUUCACUUCUUAUGUACUUGUGAGUGAUAAUUGUAAGCACAUGGUUACUAAGCAAUCGUUUAGUUGUUCUUUUUGGUAAGCCUUUUUAUAUGCAUUUCUUAUAAAGUAACAUGAAACAAACAGUAGAAUGCCAGGUCUUCUUUAUUUUACACUUUCCUGAACUUUUCAGUCCUUUCAAUCUUGAAUAAUUUUUCUCAGGUCUUAUAAUACAAAGCUACAAUCUCACACAGCAGUUCCCUUAGGCUCACUUUCUCCAGUGGUCGCAGAGCUUUCAGAAGACAUCUUCCAAAGCUCUAUGUCUUCAGCGUCUUUUCACCUAAUGAUACAAGUCCUCGAAUUGAAUGACUGAGUUGAGUAAAGAUGAUAGUGACAUGGGUGUGGAAGUGACGUCACUAAAGACCAAACCCACUGUUCCAAGAUUUGGCAGGUUAGUACCUGUGAAGUUCAAAAAUCCUGAAUGAUCUUGCUCGAGGUAUAUCAUUCACUGCAACUGCUUUGAUAACUCCAAGACCAUUGGGGUAAGUAUAUGAGAGACAUCUCCAUUACAGUUACCAACAAUUAUUCAAGCAGUAACUCCAGUAUAUCCAUAGUUUUUGUAUGAAUAGUAAAAAGUAUAAUUGUGCAAAAGGAUAAAUGUUCACCUUUCAAGCUAGAGCCUCCUUCUCCUAACUUGUCCACUGACUGUUGGAAAACCCUUGCUUACCACAUAACUCUUAUAUUUAAGGGAAUACC